CAGAACGAAAGUGUAUAAAUACCAAAGCGCCUCAGGAUAUCGAAUUAGAUCAGUAGUGCGAAUUUCAGUGCCAAAAUCUCCUUUCUAAGCAAAGGACCUAACAUUUUAUAAAUAUCAUUGGAUUAACUUUGGCCGACGCCGCUUCCUCCAAGAAAUUAACAAUAUUUGAAGAAGAAAUUCUCCAGCAAUAAAUUCACAUUCUAUCCUCCUCCGCCGCUGCCGACACCGUUCUAAAAGAGCCGUUAUACCAAUACCAUUUUAGCAAACUUAACAUAUAAUUCACAUCCGUCAGACCUUAAAUUAACGUCCCAAAACAUACCAAAAAAAACAAACAAAAUGUCCUCCUCAAUGAUGAAAUUCAGUUUUGUUGCUCUUUUCGUAGUCCUUUAUUUGACAGUACAAUGUGAAAGUCGGUAUUUACCAACAAGGGCACAUGGCGAUGAAUUGGACAAGUUAAGGGAGUUAAUGCUACAGAUUCUUGAAUCAAGCAACGAAGAACGCCCAGAUACAGCUGCCGAACGUUUACAACAACAAAUUGGCAGUCCACUGAGGUCUUGGGGCAAACAGGGCGCUUCGUCAUUGGAUUUGAGUGAUGACAAAAUCUUAAGCGGAUCCGGAAGAUCAAAGUUCGGACGGUAUUUUUAAAUAAAUCAAACCGUCGGUCGUCUUAUAAAUAAAUUUAUAUAAAUAGCUGUAAUAAUGUCCAUAUGUAUUCAUUAAGUUCUCUCUGUGCUGGUUUAAUUAUAAAAAAACAAAAAUUAUAUAUUAUUGAUGUUUUGCUAAAAAAAAAGCUAAAAGAAAAAAUCAACCAAAAAAAAGAAAACAAUGUGAAAUUGAUAAUAAUAUUGAUAUAAACUUGUUCCUAUUUUACUUGUAUAAUGUAAAUAAAAUGAAACAAUAAAAUUCUCAAUA